AUGUCUGAGCUGCCGUUUCUGCCUCGUCUUAAAUACUCACCCUCUGACUCUAGUUGCACCACAAUGUCUCUCAAACCUGCUUUCAUUGCACCCAUCUCUUUGAGAGGCCUAGGUGCGAGCAAUCUCCGUGCAAUAUCUCCCUGGUACACAAAAGCUCGCAGUUUUGCUCGUCCAACACGAUGGACAGCUUCUGCAUCCGGCCCGGACACUUCAAACAUCGACACUUACAAUGCGUGGAUUGCCGAAAAGCAGUCUGCGCGAAACCAAGCGAAAACUUCGUCCAACAUUGGCGUGACCUCUAUCACGAAGGCGCGCGAGGACAUGCCAUCGCCGCCACCGUUUCCGCACCCGACUCUCUUUCAGCCUGGGGCUGAGGAGUACGCUUGCGAUAUGACCCGUCUUCCACCCAAGGACUUUGGCAUUAUCGCCCAAGAGACGGAGCGCGCUGGGCUCUUCGCCCCUUGCAUGGUCGGAGCGGUUGAAGGUCAGUUUCUCAAGAUGCUUGCCCAGAUCAAGGCCGCGAAACGUGUUCUGGAUAUUGGUACAUUCACUGGGUACUCAGCGCUUGCGUUUGCGCAAGGGGUUGUCGAAGGCGGCCAAGUGAUCACUAUUGAAGCGGACGGGAGGGCUGCGGAAGUUGCGAGAAAAGUUUUUGCGAAGGCUGAGCAUGGUGAUCGAAUUCAGCUGGUGGAAACAGAUGCCAGGAAGGAGGUUGCGGAUAUGGUGAAGAGAGGGGACAAGUUUGACAUUGUGUUUUUGGACGCGGAUAAGGUCAAUUAUCGGAAUUACUAUGAAGAUGGUUUGAAGCUGCUGAAGGAAGACGGUAUAUUGAUGGCAGACAAUGCUUUAUGUUCUCUUGUGUAUAGUCAAGAUGACCCUGUCCGGCAGAGCCUUCAUGAUUUCGCUCAAUUUGUGCGAAACGAUGAGAGAGUCGAGCAGGUUAUGCUCACUGUGCGGGAAGGAAUUCUAUUGGUACGCAAAGUUUAG